GUCAAAAUUUGUCAAUUCAAGUCGUGUGUCACGCUGAUUAUUGUUUUCAAUUAUUUUUUUUCGAUAAGAUAAAAUUAUAAAUUAACGGAGGGAAAAUAUGGUGGCCUCUAGUGAAAAGAAUUUUUUUCAAAAGUCUUUUGAUAUCCUGAGUCGGAAGAAACCCUUGGUGGACAACACCGAAACUCGUCUUUCGAAGUUCCUUUCGACUUUUGAUUUGACCACGAUGGGCGUCGGCAGUACCCUUGGCGUGGGAGUUUAUGUGCUAGCGGGUGAAGUUUCGAAGACGACAGCAGGUCCCGCGGUUGUAAUUAGUUUUGCGAUAGCGGCAAUUGCGUCAAUGUUGGCCGGGUUAUGUUAUGCGGAGUUUGGAGCUCGUGUCCCGAAAGCUGGAAGUGCUUAUGUUUAUAGUUAUGUGACAAUUGGGGAAUUUAUUGCGUUUAUCAUCGGGUGGAAUCUCGUCUUGGAAUAUGCCAUUGGUUCCGCGAGUGUCGUAAAGGGUCUCAGCAACUACGUGGACGAACUGACAAACAAUCAGAUUAGCGGUUGGUUUUUGGAAACGAUGCCCAUGAAUGUCUCCGGACUCGGUGCUUAUCCAGAUUUUUUCGCGUUCGGGAUUAUAAUGGCAUUUACACUGGCAUUAGCGUUUGGCGCUCGCGAGUCUGCCUUGGUGAACAACAUUUUUACCAUGACAAAUGUGAGUGUUGUUAUUUUUGUGAUUAUCUGUGGUGCCUUCAAAGCUGAUCCAGCAAAUUGGAAACUCGAAAAUGUCCCUGCUGGGUAUGGAGACGGCGGAUUUUUCCCCUAUGGCCUUGGAGGAGUCAUCAAAGGAGCAGCAAUUUGCUUUUAUGGGUUCAUUGGAUUUGAUGUGAUUGCGACAGCGGGCGAAGAAGCAAAGACUCCUCAACGUUCCAUCCCUUUUGCAGUUGUAAUUUCCCUCACAAUCAUCUUCUUGGCGUAUUUCGGGAUCUCAACCGUUUUGACGAUGAUGCUGCCGUAUUACGAACAAAACGAAAAUGCGCCCUUGCCCCAUGUUUUCAAGCAAUUAGGAUGGACCGUAGCUGAAGGCAUCGUCAGUUACGGAGCGAUUUUUGGUCUUGCUGCGAGUUUAAUGGGUGCCAUGUUCCCCUUGCCGCGUGUCAUUUACGCCAUGGCCAAGGACGGAUUGGUGUUCCAAAUAAUGGGUGCCGUACAUCCAAAAUUCAACACACCUUUUGCGGGUACUUUGAUUGCGGGAACGCUUACGGGAAUUUUGGCAGCAAUUUUUGACUUGAGUCAACUUGUGAACAUGAUGUCGAUUGGAACGUUGAUGGCUUAUUCCAUUGUUGCGGCAUGCGUCAUGUUGUUGCGAUUCGAAAUGACGGAGGAAGAUGUGAAUCAUUCGGAAUUAAAUACGAUCGAGAUGACGCCGAAAGUUAUGUUGAAACAACUUUUCAACGGAAAUCGCUUGAGAGAUCCCGUUGCACUGACAUCGGGCAUCGUAACUGUCAUGGUGACGUCCUACCUUUUUUGGUGCCUCAUGUUUUCGGGCACUUUUACACUUUACACAACGGAAAUUAUGAACGGUGAUUGGUGGGCAAUUACGUUACUUGUCGUUUUUGGACUCCUGCUUGUACUUUCGAUCUUGAUCAUUGUCUUCCAACCGAGAUCUAUUGCGAAAAUUCCCUUUUCUACUCCUUUCACUCCAUUUUUGCCAGCGACGUCAAUCCUCAUCAAUAUUUACCUCAUGUGCGGCUUAGAUCCGUGGACUUGGGUGCGAUUUGUCGUCUGGAUCGCCAUUGGAUUAGUAAUUUACUUCUGUUACGGCAUUUUCAACAGCAAGGAACGUCAUGUUAGUGCAAGUACGUCAAAUUUGGUGCUAGAAACGAAAGAGAAAAAUGAAAAGAUGUAAAAAAAAAAUACGGAAAAAUUAUUUGUUUGUGAGUGUCACGUGUACUUAAUUUUAAUUUUUAGAUUAUAUUUAUUAAUUUUUAUUGCUUGAAAAAAAUGACAACAAAUAAUAAAAAAUAACACACUAAUUUUUA